UCAGCAGGUUCAAACUCUUCUGCGUGAGGGUGGCGGUGAUCGAGAGGUCACGUGAUGAGCAUCCUGCUGCCCAACAUGGCGGAGUUCGACACGAUCUCGGAACUGGAGGAGGAGGAGGAAGAAGAAGCGGCAACGUCGUCGUCGUCGCCGUCGUCGUCGUCGUCGGUAUCGGGGCCCGACGAUGACGAGGAAGAUGAGGAGGAGGAGGAAGAAGAAGAGGAGGAGGAGGAGGAAGAAGAAGAGGAGCAGGUGGAGGAGACGCCGCCCCCGCCUCGGGUAGUGAGCGAAGAGCAUCUGCGGAGAUAUGCCCCCGACCCUGUAUUGGUGCGGGGCGCCGGCCACAUCACUGUGUUUGGCUUGAGCAACAAGUUUGAUACUGAAUUUCCCUCAGUUCUAACAGGGAAGGUGGCCCCAGAAGAAUUUAAGACCAGCAUUGGCCGUGUGAAUGCAUGUUUGAAAAAGGCUCUCCCAGUCAAUGUGAAAUGGCUUCUGUGUGGUUGUCUCUGCUGCUGUUGCACACUGGGUUGCAGCCUGUGGCCCGUUAUUUGUCUCAACAAAAGAACCAGAAGAUCAAUUCAGAAGUUGUUAGAGUGGGAAAAUAACAGAUUAUAUCACAAGCUUGCUUUGCACUGGAAGUUGACUAAAAGGAAAUGUGAAACUAGCAAUAUGAUGGAGUAUGUAAUACUAAUAGAAUUCUUACCAAAAUAUCCCAUAUUCCGACCUGACUGAGGGAUUUUAUUCAGUCACUUCUGUAUUACCUGUCAUUUCCUACCCUUAGUGCCUUGUAGAUGAUUUUGGAAUGAAGAUGGUCUCCUUUGCUGUGUUCAACUUAUUCUUCAUAAUGGUAGAAUAUUCUCCUCACACUUUCAUUUGUGUUGGUUUAAGAAGAAAUUUUGCACAUCUUUUUUGUUGUUAAAUGAGGCUUGUGUUUUGCACUGUCAAUUUUUAAAUAAAUACAUACACACACAUACAUAUAUGUAUAUAUAUAUAUUGCCACUAAAAAUAAACAUCAGUGCUGGUGUUUAAAAAACAAAAACAUGUUCUGAGCAUGCUGCCUUAUAAUUUUCAUACUCACUGUUUCAAAAUAUGCAUCAUUUUUCUAGGCUACUUAAUGCUCUGUAAUCCCUUACUGGACAUACAUAAAUAAGCUUUUGGUAGCUUCUAGAAAUGGUUUCACUCUUACCUGCUUUUAAAGGACAUGUAAUUAAUAACACUGGUUUUGUCCUGCACUUUGCUAAAUUAUCACUUACGUUAGUGGAUAAAAUAUUUAAACUCCUUAAGACUUGUAAAUAUUGUCUCUUUGUGUAAUGUAAAAUGUGAUAUGCCAUGGUUUACAGAAUGUAAUGUUACUCUUAAUGUAUUGCCAACGAUUCUGUGUAGAUUUUAAUAUGAAGUUUGCAAGCAUCCUUUUGAAUGUAGAGACUGUUAACAUGCUGUUUUAUGGCAAAGCCAUAAUAAGUAUGUUAAAAAUUUCAGGUGUGGGCAGGGUUGCCCUUUGUAAUGAGUGGAUUAAAAUUGAAAUCAUUGUCUGAGAUCUGCAUUGCACCUGAAACCAAGAACCUUAUUUUUUCCAUUUAAUUCAGUAAAUCCCAUUUUGUCCUCUACCCCCACCCCCAAAAGAAUUCAUUUGACAUCUGACACAUUUCAUAGCCUCAGUCUCCUCAUUUAUUUCCCUUUAUGUAUCCUUUCCUUCAUUUGGAAAUACACACAACUAUGACCUUUAAGGAAUAUUUCAAGAUUUCAGACGUCUUAGGAGGUGUCUAGACCCCCCAUGAAAGCCACUGCUAACCCCUUUCUGGAGUUAUGAUAAUCUACUUUGAGAAAGAGAGAGAGCUAAUUGAAAAGCUGUACCUAAAGUGGCUGAUUCAUAAUUGAUUAAAUACUCUUAAUCCUCUUUUUGAGGAUCCUUUGUAAACAUUUGGAUAUUAUUAGUGAGGAAAGAUAAGUAUUUAGACAAAACUAUUUUAGUUUAUAAAUUAGCCACACGUUGCCUUUUCAUUGGUAUGUGCAUAUUUCUCUAUUUC